AUGGCUCUAAUUCCUUCUGCCAGUCAGAGCCAGAGUACCAGUCAGGGUGCCAGCAGAGAGCCAGAGUACCAGAUCAGGGUGCCAGUCAGAGAGCCAGAGUACCAGUCAGGGCAGUCAGAGAGCCAGAGUACCAGUCAGGGUGCCAGUCAGAGAGCCAGAGUACCAGUCAGGGUGCCAGUCAGAGAGGCAGAGUACCAGUCAGGGUGCCAGUCAGAGAGCCAGAGUACCAGUCAGGGUGCCAGUCAGAGAGCCAGAGUACCAGUCAGGGGUGCCAGUCAGAGAGCCAGAGUACCAGUCAGGGUGCCAGUCAGAGAGCCAGAGUACCAGUCAGGGUGCGAGUCAGAGAGCCAGAGUACCAGCAGGGUGCCAGUCAGAGAGCCAGAGUACCAGUCAGGGUGCCAGUCAGAGAGCCAGAGUACCAGUCAGGGUGCCAGUCAGAGAGCCAGAGUACCAGUCAGGGUGCCAACAGAGCCAGAGUACCAGUCAGGGUGCCAGUCAGAGAGCCAGAGUACCAGUCAGGUGCCAGUCAGAGAGCCAGAGUACCAGUCAGGGUGCCAGUCAGAGAGCCAGAGUACCAGUCAGGGUGCCAGUCAGGAGCCAGAGUACCAGUCAGGUGCCAGUCAGAGAGCCAGAGUACCAGUCAGGGUGCCAGUCAGAGAGCCAGAGUACCAGUCAGGUGCCAGUCAGAGAGCCAGAGUACAGUCAGGGAAGCAGCAAACAAAAGAGUACCAGUCAGGGUGCCAGUCAGAGAGCCAGAGUACCAGUCAGGGUGCCACAGAGAGCCAGAGGACCCAGUCAGGGGUGCCAGUCAGCCAGAGUACCAGUCAGGGUGCCAGUCAGAGAGCCAGAGUACCAGUCAGGGUGCCAGUCAGAGAGCCAGAGUACCAGCCAGGGUGCCACAGAGAGCCAGAGUACCAGUCAGGGUGCCAGUCAGAGAGCCCAGAGAGUACCAGUCAGGGUGCCAGUCAGAGAGCCAGAGUACCAGUCAGGUGCCAGUCAGAGAGCCAGAGUACCAGUCAGGGUGCCAGUCAGCCAGAGUACCAGUCAGGGUGCCAGUCAGAGAGCCAGAGUACCAGUCAGGGUGCCAGUCAGAGAGCCAGAGUACCAGUCAGGGUGCCAGUCAGGAGAGCCAGAGUACCAGUCAGGGUGCCAGUCAGAGAGCCAGAGUACCGCCAGUCAGGUGCCAGUCAGAGAGCCAGAGUACCAGUCAGGGUGCCAGCCGAGAGCCAGAGUACCAGCCGGGUGCCAGUCAGAGAGCCAGAGUACCAGUCAGGGUGCCAGUCAGAGAGCCAGAGUACCAGUCAGGGGUGCCAGAGUACCAGUCAGGUGCCAGUCAGAGAGCCAGAGUACCAGUCAGGUGCCAGUCAGAGAGCCAGAGUACCAGCCAGGGUGCCAGCAGAGAGCCAGAGUACCAGUCAGGGUGCCAGUCAGAGAGCCACAUUGUUGUUGAGGGUCAGUAAUUGUCUCACAACAACCAAUUAUAACCCCAACAAGGAAGACCCCACCCUCAACAAGUGA